AGGGCCGCCCCUGGCGCCGUGCGCGGCGGCCGCAGUCCCGCCGCAGAGCCGGCGGCACCGGAGUGUCCGCCGCGGCACCGGCCGGGCCCAGCCGAGCCGAGCCGGCUUAAACCGAGCCCGACCGGUAGCGCUCCUAUCUGCCCGCCGUGCCCCGCCCCGCCCGGUACCGCGGGCGGCCACGGCCCGCCCCGCCGCCUCCUCCUCGUCAGGAUGUCGGUGCCGGAGCCCGCCGGCGGCGAGGGGGUGAAGCAGGCCAAGGAGGUGGAGGACGCCGAGAAAUAUUCCUUCAUGGCCACCGUCACCAAGGCCCCCAAGAAGCAAAUCCAGUUUGCAGAUGACAUGCAGGAGUUCACCAAGUUCCCGACCAAGACGGGGCGCCGGUCCCUGUCCCGCUCCAUCUCGCAGUCUUCCACCGACAGCUACAGCUCCGCUGCGUCCUACACAGACAGCUCGGACGACGAGGUGUCCCCUCGCGAGAAGCAGCAAACCAACUCCAAGGGCAGCAGCAAUUUCUGUGUGAAGAACAUCAAGCAGGCGGAAUUUGGGCGCCGGGAGAUCGAGAUCGCUGAGCAAGACAUGUCUGCUCUGAUUUCCCUCAGGAAACGAGCUCAAGGGGAGAAACCUUUGGCUGGAGCUAAAAUUGUGGGUUGUACCCACAUCACAGCACAGACCGCGGUGCUGAUCGAGACGCUGUGUGCGCUGGGGGCGCAGUGCCGCUGGUCCGCCUGCAACAUCUACUCCACCCAGAACGAAGUGGCGGCCGCCCUGGCCGAAGCCGGUGUUGCCGUGUUUGCCUGGAAGGGGGAGUCGGAGGAUGACUUCUGGUGGUGCAUUGACCGCUGUGUUAACAUCGACGGCUGGCAGGCCAACAUGAUCCUGGAUGACGGUGGGGACCUGACCCACUGGGUUUAUAAGAAAUACCCCAACGUAUUCAAGAAGAUUCGAGGGAUUGUGGAGGAGAGCGUGACCGGCGUGCACAGGCUGUACCAGCUCUCCAAGGCCGGGAAGCUGUGUGUCCCAGCCAUGAAUGUGAACGACUCCGUCACCAAACAGAAAUUCGAUAACCUGUAUUGCUGCCGGGAAUCCAUCCUGGACGGCCUGAAGAGGACCACAGAUGUCAUGUUUGGAGGGAAGCAAGUGGUGGUUUGUGGUUAUGGGGAGGUCGGCAAGGGCUGCUGCGCCGCUUUGAAAGCCCUGGGAGCCAUCGUCUACGUCACCGAGAUCGACCCCAUCUGCGCUCUGCAAGCUUGCAUGGACGGAUUUCGGGUGGUGAAGCUGAGUGAAGUCAUCCGUCAGGUGGACGUCGUCAUCACCUGCACAGGGAACAAGAAUGUGGUGACCAGAGAACACCUGGAUCGGAUGAAGAACAGCUGCAUCGUCUGCAACAUGGGCCACUCCAACACUGAGAUCGAUGUGACCAGCCUCCGGACCCCGGAGCUGACCUGGGAGCGGGUCCGUUCCCAAGUGGACCACGUCAUCUGGCCGGAUGGGAAGCGGGUGGUGCUGCUGGCCGAGGGCCGCCUGCUCAACCUGAGCUGCUCCACGGUUCCCACCUUCGUUCUGUCCAUCACAGCCACCACGCAGGCGCUGGCUCUGAUCGAGCUCUACAACGCUCCCGAGGGCCGGUACAAGCAGGACGUGUACCUGCUGCCCAAGAAGAUGGACGAGUACGUCGCCAGCCUGCACCUGCCCUCGUUCGACGCCCACCUGACGGAGCUGACGGACGAUCAGGCCAAAUACCUGGGACUCAACAAAAACGGGCCUUUCAAACCCAAUUACUACAGAUACUGACGGACCAUACCCAUGAAGGACCAGACCACACAAGGCAACAUUAGAGAGAUUAUUUUUAAAGAUCAUGUUUAUUUUCGUUUACCUUUUUAUUUGCAAACCAGCAAAGGAACCUGUUUUUAGAUUUAUCAGUGUGAUUUUAAGGUCACUUUUUCCUUUCUCCCCUCUCAAUUUUACCCUUUUACAUGAUCAUGUCUCUGUCUUGGCAGACAACCUGGGGUUCGCUUCUCGCUUUCAUGUGGCUGAAGCCCGGCCCUGGCUCCUCUCAUGCCAAGGGCACUUCAUUCCCGCAGCGAUUUUAUACCAUGUCCCACCUUCCCAGCCCGCGUUGGUCUCGGUUGGGAUCCCCGCAGACCCGGAGAUGCUCUUUUACCCUUUUUUAAUAUUCUUUUCUUUGUGUGGGUUAUCUGCAACUUCUAAAUUGCCUUAAAGAGCCCAGUUUUAGCUGCUAGAUCACCGCUCCCAGCACUGGGAGCAGAGUGGCACCUGCUGGCCACCUCGCGAAUCGGUGACUGUCCCCAAGCCCAGCCAGUGGCCCCUGCGCUGAGGUGGCCCAGGUUUGGUGGCCGCUGGGCCAGGUUUGGUGGCCCAGCCAGGUCCGGCGGGGAAGUUCACCGUUUCAGGUGCUAAUCUGAAUUCGGACGGGGGUCGCUUACCCAGCAUUAUCCUCAUCUCUCCUAGUUUGUUUUUGGUUUUUUAUUUUUAGCCAAACUGCACCUUAAUUGAGUUAAAACCAAUUUGUUUGUUGGAUUGUUUUUCCUCUUUUCCUUUCUGAGACGUUUGUUUCCUUCAGGAGAUGUUUUGAAGCGGGGGAAGCGUCGGGGACGCGGCUGCCCAGUCUGGGUGCUCGCUGCGUCCCAGCCGCCCCGUUUCCCAUCGGGGUGGAUUUAAGGGUGUCUGGGGUUUAUUUUUGGGGGGUAUUUCAUUGUUUUCCUUUAUGAGAUGGAUGCAGAGAUGAGCCUUCCCCGUACCCCUCUGCACCACAGCCCCUGCACAAAGCCCUCGGUUCCCCAUCGCUCCCCCUUCCCCGUGUUUCAGCCUCUCAUCGCCUCCUUCAUCCCCUUCCUCAUCCUCACCCGUGGCGUGUUUCUCUUUCCCAUCUCUCGCAGCUUGUCCCCGGGCUGGGGGAAGCUCCUUGCAACCCAACGAGGUUUCUCUUGGCUUAUUUUAUCUUCCCCAAAUUACCUUUUUCUUCCCCCAGCCCCGAGUGGCUCCCCAUUCGCGGAUAACGGGGCUGCCGUGGUACCUGGGACCGGGGGCUGCUCCUUCGCCCCCCGUCCCGUGGGUCCUGUUCUUGUGCCGCCCGCUGGGUCCCCCCGGGCAGGUUUGGGGGUGCCGCUGCCCCGGGGGUGCAAAGCUCCUUUGCGGGGAUAGGAUGAUGUGACAAGGGACGCUCGUGGUUUUGAUCACCCUGUUUUCUGCUCCUUCUCCUUUGACUUCUCCCUCUUUCUUGCCCUGCCCGGUCCCCUCCUGGACCGGCGCUGGGUCGCCCGCCCUCCCCACAGAUUUUGGGGGUCACCUGCCUCCCCAGGACCCCCAAAACCACACAGGGGGCUCGUGCCGGGUUCCGCGAGCCGGGAUGGGCAUCCGUGGGGAGGGAGCGAGACCGUGUCCCCCGUUCUCCAGGGGGGACGCCUGCGCUUUGCAGGGGUCACGGUCCCCGUCUCCCGGCUGGGGGCCACAGUUCCCCCUUUCCCGUCCCCCUUAAGGGCUCCAUCUCUGUACAAGCCAUGUCGGGGCGGGGGGAGCCCGGGGGGGGGGGGUGGCAGCGUCCGGCCGGGAGGGAGAGGUUUAUUUUGUAUAUGAAUGAUUUUUAAUGAAUGCAAUAUUAAUCCUUGCAGAUUGAGCAAUAAAUCAUUAAAAGUCUAAUUAACCUGUUAGGAAAAAUGAA